AUGGGGGCGGCCCUUCUCCUUGUGAUAGCGAUUCUGCGCAGCUGCCACUCCUUGACGAUCCACCAGUGCGAUUUGGACGCCGGCGAGGAGAAUGCUCUCGCGGCCCUGAUGCAAUCACGCAUCGGCGUGUUCUAUUCCUGCGAUCGGUCGGGGCAUGUUAAAUCCUUGGAGCUGUAUGCGAAGGAUGCGAGAAUCAUCCCCAGGCAAGUUUGUGAUUUUCCAUGGCUGGUAAGCUUGUCCGUCGUUGGUGGUGAGAAUUCCCUCCCCUCUUGCUCUUGCGGGAUUGCUAGCCUCGAGCAUGUAGAUCUCUACUCGUUUUCGUCGGAGUCCUUUCUUCCAAGUUGUGGUCCCCGUGAUCUUCCUAGCUUGGUGUUUCUUCAGUUUUAUAGUGUCAAUGCCUCGAUCCCCAUGGACACGGUUUGCAGUCUCUUCCAUCUCGAACAGCUCCAUAUUAUAGAGAGUUAUUUGUUUCUAGGAUCCAUAGCUUGUGUUUCCAGGCUUUUGCAUCUUACCACCAUUCAACUGACUAGGUGUGGCUUGAUGCUUGAGAUUCCAUCGGAGUUAUGUGAGCUAGAACGCUUGACAGAACUGGAUAUGAGUCAAAACUCCCUCUUUGGUCCCAUCCCUCCGUGUCUAGGAUCCUUGAAAAAUCUUACUGAGCUUCUUCUCUUCCAAAACAACCUGAGUGGGAAAAUCCCAGCCUCUCUCGUCCAGCUUAAACUUCUCAAGAGCCUAGUCCUGUAUGCCAAUAACUUGGAAGGUCCUAUUCCACCACUUCAAGGGAAUAAGAUCGAGGUCUUGGAUCUAUCAAGUAACAACCUCACAGGUGCAUUGCCGGACGUCAUAGCAAACUUAUCGAGCUUGAGAGUACUCUCAGCAGCCAAUAACUCACUUAGCGGCGUUCUUCCUCGUUUCGCCAGCAGCUCCAGGAUACAGGAACUUGAUCUUUCAACAAACGAGUUUUAUGGGCCGCUCCAGCCAACUAUAUGCAACCUCACAAGGCUAAGUGUUCUCAGGCUUUCACGUAACUAUCUCAACUCGGACUUCUUGUUAACUCCCAAUUGUUUCCAGAGCAUAACAGAGUUGGACUUGCACGCCAACCAGCUCUAUGGACGCUUGCCUCCAGGUUUGCUGAGCUUAUCCACUUUGGAGAGAAUAGAUCUUUCUAUGAAUCAGUUCACAGGCUCUCUACCAGCACUAGGCCACAACAUGACCGGUUUGACAUCCAUGGAACUAUCUAACAACUGGCUAACAGGAACUCUGGAAGACUUGCGUUUUAACGAGCAGUGCAAUCUUGGAGGUUUAGACUUGUCACACAAUGACAUCGGUGGCACCAUACCAGGCUACAUAAGCAACUGCAGCGGAUUAAAUGUGCUAAAUCUCAAUGACAAUUCUUUUCAAGGGACUAUUCCAUGGGAACUCGGCAACUUGGUUGGCUUGGGUACGGUAAUGCUUCGGGGUAACAGGCUAGGCGGGGAACUCCCAGAGAGUUUAGGAAACUUGACAGUGUUAACUGUUCUAGAACUGAGCGAAAACAGUUUUACAGGGAAGCUGGAAUCGACGGGUAUAAACAGGCUGCGGUAUCUCAACCUUCUCCUACUCAGGUCGAACGCCUUCGAUGGAUUAAUUCCAAACUGGAUAGGGAGCUUUUCGGCUUUCCUCUCUGGGAUAGAUCUUUCACACAACAGGUUCUCUGGACAACUCUCUCAUGACAUAGAUAUGACGGGCUUGGGAAUCAUUCCCCUUCCAAGGUGGCCAUUGCAGCUGCUUGGCUUCCCAAUAGUAAACGACAUACUUAUCAAUCAGAAAGGACAGCUUCGUCGUUAUGAGAGCAUGCCAUACCAGAUAAGUUUUCUCGAUCUCUCCAGCAACUUUUUAGAGGGAGAGCUUCCGGACUCUUUCGGUAACAUGCAGCGGCUCAUGUACCUGACACUCUCGGGAAACAGGUUCAGUGGAAAGAUCCCGGCUAGUUUUGGAAGACUUUCAGUGCUUGAGGGCCUAGACUUGACAAGGAACAGACUAUCUGACUCAAUUCCGGAGACUCUCGUCAAUCUUACUAAGCUGGGAUACUUCAACGUUUCUUACAACAAUCUCUCAGGAACAGUUCCCUCCAAAGGCCAGUUUUCUACUUUCGGCUGCGAUUCAUAUAUCGGAAACAAGUACCUCAACCUGCCCUGCUCCCAAGUUCUAGAAAGCGGGCUUGUGCAGAGAAAGAUGGUAAUUGGUUGGCAUCGCGGGUUGAUACUUGGUUUGAUAGGCGUGGCCAUUGGCUGCGUCGUACUUCUGGUUGGGUUUGCGUUCCUCUACUACUACAAAUGGAAAGUCAGAACUCCAGCAGCAGCUGGCGAGCAGAAACUUUGCUCGAUCUCGUCAAGCAUGAGAAAAAGCGAGCUCUGGACCGCCACCCAAGGCUUUGACGCCAAAAACAUAAUCGGAACAGGCGCUUCGAGCACUGUUUACAAAGGCAGGCUAGCCCGGGAUGGAAAGUCUGUGGCCAUCAAAGUUUUCAGGCCUCGGAAGGAUGAUUGGAACUCGGCAACGGAAAUUGAAGCCUUGAGCAGAAUCAAGCACAGGAACUUGGUCCGUUUUCUCGGGGUCUGCUGGGAGGACGACUGUAAGGCACUUGUGUUUGAUCUCAUGCCGAAUGGAACACUCGACUCACAUCUCCAUGACGUUUCCGAGAAGGUUAAGGUUUUCACCAUGAAACAAAGGCUGAAGGUUGCUCUCGGAGUGGCUUACGCUGUUCGAUACCUCCACCACGAACUCAAUGCCGGCGAAGCAAUCGUUCACGGAGACUUGAAGCCGAGCAACAUUUUCCUGGAUGACGAGAUGGAAGCGCACGUCGGAGACUUUGGAGCGGCCAGACUCUUGCAAGCUGUUAAUGCCUACGAGGAUUCCAAGUCGGAGUUGAGAGGCUCCAUUGGCUACAUGCCACCAGGUACGCUUUACAGCUUCUUUUUAAAACUUUUUCGAUGCUUCGAGUUUCCAGAGUUAGCGGUCUCGAACAAGCUUUGCGCGAAGACCGAUGUCUACAGCUAUGGAAUCAUCCUUCUGGAAAUGCUCACGGGCAAGCGACCCACGAAUAGCAUGUUUAAAGACGGGAGAACCCUUCACGACUGGGCUCGUUCCAGCUUUCCAAAUCUGGAAAUCUUGCUGGAUCCAACACUGUUGUCCCAGGAAGAGCCUCUCGAGUUCCCGGUGGCAAGAGAACUCUUCCGGCUCGGCAUUCUCUGUAGCAGCGAGCAGCGCGAGCACCGGCCAACUAUGGACUUCGUCACGUCGAUGCUAGCUCAAAUAAGCAGCCUGGGAAACUGA